CCUUGUGGCAUUGACGCUGCCAUGGCUGCUGCUUCCCAGUGCCCGGCAAGGCCUAGUAGAUAUGACGCGUAUGGUCGAAUUCGAAAUGGAAGGGCCUCUGUGUGACCCAAACCAGCUCAAGGAGAUCGACUGUGAAAACACCGUCUGGCAGCAACUGCUAGCGCUGAUUUGCAAGCAUUGCUCUGACCGCACUUGUGUGAGCAAUUCGGAGUUGGCAGACGUGACUCACUGGGUGAUGCAGCUGUACACCUCGAUGCUAGAUCAGGAGCAAGACCUGGAGACCUUUGGCUGCAAACAUGGCCUGGUGGCAGCACUUGUCUUCCAAUCAGAGCACGUGGCUUUGGACUUUCGACGCCCAAGCACGGAAGUGGAGGUGCUUACUCCUCCCGCCAUAGUGAACUUCGACUUGUCUGUGCAAGAGGUGGAGGAACCAGCUGUCGUGGAAAGAAGAUUGAAAUCUGCAGGGGUGCCACUUGCACUGGUCAACUACUCGCAUCUACAAAUGCGAGAUUCUCAUGGCUUUCCCGUUACCCUUCAGACUGACGACGCUGGUGCCCAGACCUUGGAGUCUCCCAAUCCGUCGAUCGCUGAUGGCGGCUUUCCGCUGCAAGUCCGCUACAAAGUACCAGAGUGCCAACGAGAGUUUUUCACUCUGAAACGAUUCCUAGCUGUAUCUCACCCUACGCCCGAAGGCUAUGAGAAUCAUGUGUCCACACUCUUCAUGGGCAUCCCUGUCAUGAGCUUGGCGCCGUUUCCUUUCCACACUGCAAAACUUCGAGCAUUGAGGCAGAUCAACCAGGAAGAGUACGACAGCUUUGUGCACGACAUCUCCAGGGGAUUCUCUAGUGCUGGUAUUGCUCAUGUUGUGGUCGACAAUGACUACACGCUUAGGUUUUGGGACACAGCGGCUCGCCAUUCAGAUGAGAAAGGCUACUUGGAGACAAAGUUCGGUCUGGACCAAGCACCUGAGCAAGGACCCAAGCCACUGCGACGACUGUCUCUUUUUGCCCCUUUGGAGCAGAGACAGCGUGCAAUUGAUGCCAUCAAUCCGCUGCAGCAAUCCAACUACCACUUUGUGGAUUUGGGGGCUGGCCACAUACAGUACGGCGAACAGCCGUUUGGAUUUGCAUCCGGCUUGAACUUCCGAAUGAUGUGCGCUGCAUGUCUUUGGGUGAGCAUUUAUUUCUAUGUUCUGGAAGGUAUUGGAUCCUUCAGCGGAGGAGGAAUGACUGUCCUCCCCCUGGCAUUCUGGGUGCCCUGCAGGAUACCUACAGAUGAACUUUUUCCAGUGCGCAGCAUGCCUUUGGGGUCUGGAACAGUGCCACGCCCUCCGGUACAAGGCGUCCAAUUGGCAGAGGAGCGAUGGCAGAAAUGGCUGGAAUCGGAUCCUUUAUUCGAAGCAGUUCAGCAUCACUAUUCCAUAAGAGACGUGAGCAGUCGCCGACGCAGCAUCUACUAUGGCAGAUGUCGAGAGAGCCUCCUGCGAUUGGUGCCCGCCACGUAUCGCGGUGCGAUUCCGGAAUUGUUGCCCAUGCACGACAUGUCCGCAGUGCUGGAGAUGGGAAUGGGGAACACCUUGGAGGUCAUGAUGGGCUUCAGGCAGAUUUACAGAGCAGCUGGCUUGGAGCUGUACCAAGACAAGAUCCAACUGUCCAAGGACUUCAGUCAACGUGGCUUUCGCAUUCCCAAAGUGUUUUACGCCUCUUACAAUGAAAACUUCGACGUGCGUCCAACUCUAGAGGCUCUCGAAGCAGAGGGGUUCUCGUAUGUGGCCAAAGCUUCGCACCUGUGCUGUGCACAAGGCGUCUUUGUCAUGGACAAAGGCUUUGAUCGUUUGACUAAUCAACGGGUCAGCUUGGAUGAGAUCCAACGACAACUUCAAUAUGCCUUCACCCAUCCCUUUAGGGAAGACCAAGUGGAUGCCAAAUGUGGCGAUUGGGGAACUGUAGAGGCUGGAAAAAGGCCUGGAGUCUUGGUGGAGGAGCUGUUGCGACCAUCGUUGCCAGCAAAAUUUCUUGGUUUGGUUGGGUCAACAAACUGGAUCACUCCGGACAACUUGGCAUGCCAUUUGGUCUGGUCCACCUUGCUCCAAUGCCGGUGGGAAAUCAAAGUGCGGGCCAUUUCUGGUGAGCCGCAGACAGAGUUGCUCGGGGUGAUAUUCAGAGAUGGCUCUUGCUUGAGCUGUAGAUAUCCCCCUCCCUUCCACGAUUGGGCUGCGGCAGUUCGAAUGCUGGAAUCCCUCUUGCCGCACACUGACUAUGUACGAAUUAGCCUCUUUGUGGACAAAGGCUGGCCAGUUGUGAACGAGGUUGAGUACACCUCAGGUGGCCUUGAAGUUGUCCCUGUGCCAAUUGCACGUGAGUGGACUCUUCAGUGGCUGGAGGGCUACUACAAUUUCUUGUCCUAAAUGGCCUUUGGACACUUGGUGUCUCUUCAUCAAUCUUGGAUUAGGUGCAGGUGCUGCGGUGGUGGAAGCUUUACAAGCCAUUGCAGACCUGCGUGCUGAAUUUCCUUGAAGUUUGCAAAAAUGCGGGUUGCAAAA